GAGUGGAAGAGCGAGGUAGGGCAGGGCCAGCCAGCGCCCAGCGCACGGAGAGGCAGCGGGCAGCGGCAGUGGCAGUCUGUAUUCAGUACCAUGAAGAGCUGGACGACACUUGUGGUAGCUGCGGCGGCUCUCUGCGCGUGUGGAGUGAGCGGACAGAAGUCGAUACAGCAGGAGGACCCGUGCAAGGUCAAGUCACGUAUAGUGGCUGACGCGACGUACUGUGACAGGUACUGGGAGUGUGUUAAUGGCCAGCCUGAGCUGUACGACUGUCCCAACGGGCUGGUGUACGCUGGCAAGAACCGCGGAGUCACCGAGGGCUGUGACUACCCCUGGAGAGCGAACUACUGUGAAGAUAAGACUCAAGCUAACGGACCGAUAGGUAGGGACCACUGCGACUGGCUCUACGGCAUCUUCGGCCACGAGACCUCCUGCACCCGCUACUGGACCUGUUGGAACGGCACUGCCACUGAACAGCUCUGUAUCGGCGGCCUGCUCUACAACGAGAACACCCACUCUUGCGACUGGCCCGAGAACGUCGACGGCUGCCAGAAACACCCUCUGUGUAACGAUGAUGCCAACGGCAAUGUUCCUCUUGGCAAGUCCUGCAACCGUUACUGGCAGUGUCAGGGAGGGUACCCGCGGCUGCAGCGGUGUCCUGCCAUGUUAGUGUUCGACAGGCGCUCCUUGAGGUGCGUAGUGCCGCCCACGGAGGACUGCGAGGUACCGACCACCCCUCCCCCUCAGCCCGGUGACCUGGAGGAGGACGGGGAACAGAACAUCCCCCAGCAGCUGCAGCAGCGACCCCAGCAGCAGCGCGCCCAGCAGCAGCAGCAGAGUCAACAGCAACCUUCCAUCAACCUGCCCCAGGGCGCCUUCCCUGUCCCAGUACGCAACAACAGGCCCAGGAACUGACCUUAGUGUGUCCCAGAUCACGCCUAAAUUCAAAUAUCAGUAUGUAACUUUCCAUUACAAGACUGUUUAAAUUAAAUCAUGAACGCCUCUAAGCACCUGCCAAACCACCAAAUAAAAGGUCAAGUUUGUAACCUAGAUGUAAGUUAGUAAUAAGAUGUACGUGUAAGAUUGUAACUUUAAGGAUCAAAAUAAAGUCUUAGUUGUUAGUAA